AUGGAGAAGAGUUCUUUGUCCAAAUGCAAACACACUUCUUCCUCAUCAUCAUCAUCUUCUUCUUCUUCUUCUUUCCUUCUGUUUGGUCUGAUUGAAUACUUCCUCAUCGGCUUUUUCAGAUGGGUUUCUUUUGCUCAGAUCUUUUUCUCCAAAUUCUAUCCUAUUCUUCAACACCAGCAGCAGCAAUGUGUUUGCCAGAAGAAAAGCAAAGAUCUUGAGGUCCAGAGUUCGAUCAAACGCGAUGAUGAUUGUCUUUACAGAGAAGAUGCAGAGACGGUGAUGAAAAGCUUAGGACUUUUCACCGACCAAGAAAGCGAAGGACUUCAAAAACGUUACAGUUCCGAGGAGCUCUCGAAUCUGUUUGAAGAGAAAGAGCCAAGCUUGGAGGAAGUGAAGCAAGCUUUUGAAGUCUUUGAUGAAAACAGAGAUGGGUUUCUCGAUCCAGUAGAUUUGCAGAGAGUUUUGACCAUCCUUGGCUUAAAAGAAGGAUCUAACCUUGAGAACUGCAGGAGAAUGAUCAGAUCGUUCGAUGGAAACAAAGACGGAAGAAUCGAUUUCCAUGGAUUUGUGAAAUUCAUGGAGAACAACUUCUGCUAA